AUGUUUACUCUAAGAAACUUUCUGAAAUCUUUCAUACGACUUAAACAUGAUUAUUCCUUGAAAUUCCCUUUACAGGUGGGAUUUCCAGUACUGUCAGACAUAGAAGAUACUCAUAAUAUACUUUCAAAAGUUUUAAUUGAGAAUGAUAGAAGUUCUAAUAACAUUGAUUAUUUGGUUGAUAAGUUUUCAAUAUCACCAGAAUUAUUCCAAACUCCUAAAUUUGACUUCAUAUUCACAGAACAAAGACCUGAACAGCUGAAAGGAUUGGAUUUGUUUUUGUACCAAUAUAAAUAUUUAAAAUACAUUGAAAGACAAGGUAAAAGAAGAUUCGAAGAUCUAAAAGAUGAAUGGAGACGACCAUUUGAUGAUCCCGCUUACAUUCAGAGAUCUUACAAAGAAAAAUUAAGAUUAUGGAAAGGUUAUCAGAUAGUCAAUUUCUUGAAAAAGUACCUGAACCAUUCAUUUAAUCCCUAUAUUUAUCUGAAUUUGAGACCUUGGGAAAUCAUAAGUGAUAAAGUCCAAAAGAAAACUCCACCUAAAGAUUACGAAUUAGAUUAUUAUGACAUUAUUUUAGAAAAUGCAUCGAAAAAGUAUCGAAAUAAUCGAUUACUUGAUCAAUAUUUACAACAUUAUCCUGAAAAUGAAAUGUUGGUUCAUGAAAAACUUUCACCUAACCACACUCAAAUAGCAUUGCUCAGUAGAAGGCCCAAAGUAUCGUUUUAUCAUGCAUAUAAUGCCAAAACUGGCUUUUGGGAUAGAAAAGGAUACCAAAAUCGAUUAUUGGCUCGUUUGAAUAGAAUUCAUUGGUUUACUUAUGUCUCUAUGCAUUACAUAUAUGCUAUAGGACAAGGUGGAGAAUAUCGAUUUGAUGAUUAUUUGAACACUGAUAGAACGUAUUAUCAAGGUAAUUACCUUGAACAACUAUUCUAUUUCAAGGGGAACCUACUUUAUAGAUUAGAGGAGACUGAAGACCUUCAAGUUUGA